CCAAAAGAGAGGAAAAAAAAAAAAAAGCAAGAAAAGAAAUCGAGAGGCGAACAGAAGAAGAAGGAAUCCCCGCUGCUGCCGAACGCGUCUCAAAUCGGAACGCUCGGUUAGGUUCCUUACGCGAUCGAAUGCGUCGGUGCAGGAGGCGCGGGUCCACGAUUUGCCCGAGCUAGGUUUUGAUCUUUCUCGGCCGGAUCCAGUGAGUUGGAUCUGUUAUACGUCGGACGAUCGUCGUUGUUUCUACCUUUAUUCUGAAUUCUCUUCAUUCUUUCCGAUCUUGGACGAUUCCGAUGUGCUUGUGGGUGCGUGAGCAGUGGAAUCGCUGUGGGGGCUUUGUCGUUAUGAUCUGAAAUGGUUUCUUGAUUCUUACGAGGAAGCAGUCGGUGACGAAUCUGCAGGACUAAUAUUUUCUUGAGGUUUUUUCGGAUUAAGAGCAAGGGGCUUUGUGAAGGGUGUGAAGAUGUAGAAAAGGGAGAAAAGGAGAGUAACGAGGGAUCAAGGAUUCAAGAUUCGACUUAAAUAAGUCUUUAUACCCUGACUAUGCAAGUGACUUUUGGGUAGUUGAACUGUCGAGAUCGAUGUACCUUAGAGGGCUUUUUACCCUAUUCCUGGUGGGGUAUUAGGGUUCUUGCAUCAUUUGCAUGAAUCGUAUCAACGAACUCGACAGUCACUCCGACUUCGGUGGCUUUUCCUUCUCAUAGACAUGCCUGUAGAUCUUUAUUGACUGUAAUGUGAUGAUUCCUUGAUAGCAUUGCAAGGCAUUUGAAGGCUGACUUUAUCUUAAGAUGCGGUACAAUUGGGCGGUCAAGAUUAAGUUGCACGUACUUCGACGGAUAUAGCUUAAAAUCCGUCCUUUAAAUAGUGUUAGACCUUGUGAUAUUCCAUUGUUAAGUAGAAUUGUUUUGUUUACCUGCGAAAGCUAAUCACUGUUUUGUCUGCUUCAUCUGUUCAAUGACGCAUGUUUUACAGGUUAAGUGGAACUGUCCUGACGAUCCUAUAUUUGAUGUCCCUAUUGGGCAUUUUGGCCCCUAUAAUAAGUCUAACAUCUGGAGGUUUUCUGUCAGUGGAGUAGAGCUGCCUCUGGACUACUUUCUUUCAUUUCUAGUGCCUCUGAGAUCAAUGUAUAAAUAAAUGGAGAAAAUAGACAUAUUAAAGGAAUCACAAUUUUUUAUACAUUGAAACCAUGAUGCAAUAGAAGUUGAUAACAAUUGAUGGAUUGAAAAUCUAAGUGGAAAUUUUGAGGAUAUCUGCUGAGAUCAGUGCCUUUUGAAAUGCAUUUAUUGUUCAUAACGAGUAAUUGACUUUGUUUGAGCUGGUGGUUUCUGAUGUAGGUUCAUCCGUGUUGCUAUGCAAGACAUCGUUUGGAGAUUUAUAAACUAAGCUUGACCGGUAGUACACAAUCCACGCCAUGGCACCUGCAAGCAAGAGUGAUAGGAAGGCACCAUUAGAUGCAGCUGCUUGGAUGUUCAAUAUUCUAACAUCUGUUGGAGUUAUCAUGGUCAACAAGGCCUUAAUGGCUACUCAUCAAUUCAGUUUCGCUACAACAUUAACUGGUCUGCACUUUGUCGCAACCACACUCAUGACUAUUGUAUUUAAGUGGCUGGGAUACAUUCAAACCUCUCAUUUACCUUUAUCUGAGCUUAUAAAAUAUGUAUUUUUUGCAAACUUAUCAAUCGUCGGGAUGAAUGUUAGUCUGAUGUGGAAUUCCGUCGGAUUUUAUCAGAUUGCGAAGCUGAGUAUGAUCCCAGUAUCAUGUCUUCUUGAGGUUGUGUUUGAUAAGAUUCGUUAUUCUAGGGCAACAAAGCUCAGCAUAGUGGUGGUUCUUGUUGGAGUUGCUAUAUGCACAGUUACUGAUGUGAGCGUGAAUUCUAGAGGGCUCAUAGCUGCGACCAUAGCAGUUUGGAGCACUUCUUUGCAACAAUAUUAUGUGCAUUCUCUUCAAAAGAAAUACUCUCUCGGAUCGUUCAACCUCAUCGGGCAUACUGCUCCAGCUCAGGCGAUGUCGCUGUUGAUGUUAGGGCCUUUUGUUGAUUAUUGGUUAACAAGCAAAAGGGUGGAUGCAUUUGAUUACAACGUAACCGUAGUGUUCUUCAUCUUUCUGUCAUGCAUCAUUGCUGUAGGGACCAACCUUAGCCAGUUCAUCUGCAUCGGACGAUUCACAGCAGUGUCAUUUCAGGUCCUUGGGCACAUGAAGACGAUCCUCGUCCUAGUUUUGGGAUUCUUCUUGUUUGGAAGGGAGGGUCUCAAUUUACAGGUAAUAUUCGGAAUGAUCUUAGCAGUUAUGGGUAUGUUGUGGUACGGAAAUGCAUCGUCGAAACCAGGGGGGAAAGAGCGAUGGAGUUACUCAUUGCCCAUCGACAAAUCUCAGAAGCACGGACUGCUCUCAGAAUCAGGAGAACACGAUGGCAAAGUUUGAUCUAUUUUUCUUCCAUCAUCCCACAUGUUGAAUCCUAAGCUGAGAGCAGUCUUUGGCACAUGCAGUAGAACCGAAAAGAAGUUGCUGGGGGUUUCCUUCUUCACCUUUGUAUUGUUUUAGGAUUCCCUCAGGUUAUGCUGACUGAGGCACUACAAUUUUUCAUUCUUUUCUAUGGAAUUCUUUCUUCCUGGCACGUUUAUUAUUUAUAUUAGAGGAGAAAAAUUCUCCAUCCCGUUUUAUUAUA